AUGGUCCAUUAUGGUAAACAUAUUAUUGAUCAGCAAACUGGUUUAUGCGAAAUAUGUGAUCGUGGUGCCAUACAUCGAUUUCGACAAUCAAAACAUGGUAAACAAUUUUUAUAUUCAAAUCAAAAUGGAAAAUUUACUUAUCGUCCUAAUGAUGAUGAAAUACAUUAUAAAGAUGAAACAACACCACGUUAUGUUCGUAAACCUCUUUAUCCUGAACCACCACCACCGCGACCACGUCCGGUAGUACAUGAACAACCAGUAGUUACACAAAGAAAAAUUCCUCGACGUGAUCGUUCACCAUUGGAUGAUAUCCAUCAGCAUCCUAGAGCUCAUCUAUCAACACUUUAUCAUGUUGAUAAUAGAGGUCAUAUGGCUCCUCGACAUCAUGAUCAACCAGAUGAACCACGUCAACGUUAUCUUGUUCAAGAUUAUCGUUCGUCACCGACAAAACCCGUACAUGUUGAACAUCGACGUGCACAAACACCACCACCACCAGCAAGUGAUACUUGGCGUUCACCACCAAAACGACAAAAUAAUUCCGAUACACGAAUUAUUGAACGACAACAUAGAGAAAAACCAAAUGAUACUUAUUAUUAUCAAUCACCAAGAAAAGCUGAGAUGUAUUAUGUUGAAGCACCUCAUAGUAAGAUUCAUGUUUCAACAUUACGUCCUUCAGUUCAUCCAUCAAAUAUUAAUAAUACUCCAUCACCUCGAAUUAUUCAUCAAGGAGAUCCAAAUAGAAAACAUCAUCUUGAACCUAUUCAACGAAUGCAUUAUGGUGAAAUUGAACCAACUUCUACAAGAAGAUCGAAUAAAAAUUUAUCACCAAGAAAUUAUGAACCUCAACAAGAAGAAUACAUUUCAAAUAGUAAUCAUCAACGACCUGUACGAAAAAUUGAAAAAAUUUAUCCAACACCAAGACAAUAUGAAUCGGAACCACAAUUAACAAAUAGAUAUAUGCAAAAUACUAUAUCAAAUAAAAAUCCAUCUGUUUAUUAUAUUCAACCUGGUAGUAAAUAUUAA